AUGGCUGCCUCUACAAUGGCUCUUUCUUCUCCAUCUUUCGCUGGUAAGGCAGUGAAGCUUUCACCAUCUGCCCCUGAGAUCACUGGCAAUGGGAGGGUGUCCAUGAGGAAGGCUGUGAGAAAGUCAAUUUCUUCUGGCAGUCCUUGGUAUGGCCCGGACCGUGUUAAGUAUUUGGGACCAUUCUCCGGUGAGUCCCCAAGCUACCUUACUGGUGAAUUCCCUGAAGACCAUGUUCAUGUCCCCAUUCAGAUUUUGGCCUGGCGCUAUUGGGGACACGCCCAAUUUUUCUCCUCUCUCAGACAACUGGAAAAAAGGCUCAAACUUGAAAACUACUCAUCACAGUCCUCCACUCUCCCUCCGCCGCAUCCGCCGAACCAAGAAAACAUCAACACCGAACAAACUGAUUCUCUUGGUUCGCCCAUUUACCUUGACUAUGACCCUGCUGCUGCUGCCGCCGCCACCACCUCCAAUGCAAACACCUCAUCUCUACAAGAAAGUGAAAUCCCUCUAGAAUUUCUCACAAAUUCCCCUGAUUUCUCACCAACCCGUGAUAGCCCUCCUCAAGAAACCCAUGGUGGAAUCCAUGAACUGCUCGGUCAAACUAAAGAAAACAAUCUUGAUGAUGACAUUGUGCUAUUGAUGCAUCUAUUAGGGCUAUCGCAUCGUGAAGAGCCAAACAAAAGGGAAGGGUUCUUUAAUGCGGGACGUGAUGAUGAAUUUUAUGGAAAGAUUAUUGGGAUGAAGGGCCCAAAGAAUGGGAAGGAAUUUGAGAGGUUAGAGGGGUGGAUCAAUCAUUUCUUGAGCGGUGAGAAGAAAGAGCCAUUCAGGUUGGCACAUUUGCUUUUGAGCAAAGCUAUUGUGUUACAUUCAGAAAAUAAUAGUGAUGAUUUUGGAGAUUUUGAAUUUCCCUCAACUAUUGAUAUGUUCUUGCAGAAUGAUCCACCAACUGAUAAGGAGUGUCUUUGA